CUCGGACAUACAUCAUUUCCCCGACCUUAAUUUAGUCAAUUCCAUCUUCCUACAUGCUGCCUUUUCUCUGUUGCCUUGCGAGCUGUCCUCUGGCUCCCAACCACUGCAAUGCAAUUAUCAUGCGUCUCUAGCCGUGCAUCCAGAGGAGUACGGAGACAGUUACUAUUUCAACGCAUCCGCAAUGGCUCAGCAUACCGCCGUUCCCUUCACACCCAGCCCUUUGAUGCUGCCAUCAUCGGAGGAGGGAUCACCAGCCUGACAGCUGCCUAUCGAUUGUCGCAGCAGGAGGACUGCAAAAAAGUCACCCUCUAUGAGAAAUCUGCACGCCCAGGUGGCUUGCUUCAGUCCGAAGUCGUGCCCGUCGAUGGCGGAGACGUUGUGUUCGAGUAUGGGCCCAGGACGUUGAGGACCGGGCCGCUCUCGUGUCUCCCUCUUGUGAACCUGGUACGGAUGCGCAAGCUAGCUUCAAUUUGACCUGUGUGUGCUAUUACAUUACAGUUGGAACGGGGGCCGUUGCUAACAGUUCCUCGUCUACUCUUUUCUCUCCAUUUUCAAUAAAGGUCUCAUCACUGGGUUUAGCGGACGAUAUCGUCCCCACGAGCAAAAGAGCUGCCGCUUCCACGAACCGUUAUAUCUACUACCCCGACCACCUUGUGCGUAUGCCCGCACCAUAUCCCGAUCAGGGGGCCCUUUCCUUUUUUUGGUCGAGCUUUCGUACGGUGACUACCGAGCCGGUGUUCGAAUCCUUUCUUUCUGGCAUUUUCGGUGAACUAUCCAAGCUGCCCAGGCCACACGUUAGGGAUGAAUCUGUCGCACGGUUUAUCUCACGAAGAUUCAAUCAGAAGAUUGCAGAUAAUUUGGUUUCGGCCUUGUACCAUGGUAUUUACGCAGGGGAUAUCAACGUCUUGAGCGCGAAGGCCUUGCUCGGCCCGUACUGGGAUCUGGAGAUGAAGGAUUCCGGAGUUGCGCUUGGGUUCGUGGAUAUGAAGAGGCGCGGGAGGAAGUUCAGGUAUAUGGAUGAUUUCUUGGCUAUGACAGCUUGCAUUCGUGGAGUCUCUAAGGAGAACCGAAGGGCAGUACUAGAACGCUUGGCUGGAGCUAGCGUCUUCACCUUCAAAAGGGGGAUUGGUCAACUCGCCGAGGCAUUGGUCGAUAGUAUGAAGGAAUCAGGAAAGGUUGAAAUCAUCACGGAUGCCAGGGUAAACUCUAUCAGUCAGAACACGAAGACUUCGGAUUUGACCAUCCGUUUCGGACACAAUGACUCUAAUUCCCGAGUUCAUAACCGUGUAAUUGCUACAACACCGGCUCCUGAACUUGCAAAAAUUCUCGAUACCCGAUCUCCAAAAGAAGCGAAUCAAAAUCAUCCCUCGAAAACAGUCAGAUCUCUCCAGGAAUACGACUAUGCAGUCAGCGUCAUGAUUGUGAAUCUUUAUUAUCCCAGCCCAGACAUCAUCCCGGUAGAAGGUUUUGGCUACCUCAUCCCCCAAUCUAUCCCGAUGGAGCAAAAUCCCGAACGCGCACUGGGGGUCAUAUUUGGCUCCCAGACGAGUAUCGGACAGGACACGGCUCCAGGUACGAAAGUCACCGUCAUGCUAGGUGGCCACUGGUGGGAUGACUGGGAAGAAUCAGAUCUGCCAGACCACGACACCGCGGUAUCCAUGGCUCGGUCCCUUCUCGAGAGACACCUCGGCAUCAAGGACACACCUUCUGUCGCACGGACAAGGUUACAACGCAAUGCCAUCCCCCAAUACACCGUCGGCCACAUGACCCGUAUGCAGGAACUAUCUAACAACGUCCGCGAAGAGUUCCACCAUCGUCUCACCCUCGCUGGAAACUGGUACGGUGAUGCCGGUGUCACGGACUGCGUGAAGCAGGCGUAUCUCGCCUCGACAUAUGGCAUGGGCGCGAAGCUGUCAGAAGAUAAUGAGAUUCGAAUGCUGUACGGCUCCGAACCAUGGACCAAGUAUGCGUAUCGGGAGUGGGAUCUGGAAGGCGGUAUCGUCACAUCGCCGGUGCGGUUCUUUGAACAAUCCGAGCCUAUGUUGCGAGUUGUGAAUGCUUUCCCAGCUAUUAGGAGGCGUUAAGUGUAUUAUGGGAUAGGUAUCCGUUCUAAGGAGGAAACGUUUAUAAAGGAAAGCGAAAUGUAUCUUAUCUGUAAUGGAACCUAUGUAUGUUAAUUCCCAGCUCAUUAUCUGUGAUUAAUCAUAAAAGUUGGCGGAUAGAAAAGAAAAUUGGCAUUUUUUAACAUUAUAUUAUCUACCAUGUAUGAGACUGUAGAGGUUUCAACGAGGCAGUUCCCAGCCACUGUCUUCGGGCGUAGCCUUUGAUCUCGCCGUGCGACCAGUAUUCUGGAAGACGUAGGCUGCAGCCCCAUGCCACAACCAGUUCAGUUCUCGCCCCAGAAGAAUAGACAACAUAAACUGAAACAUCUGCCUGUGUGGUCGUAGAUUUGGCGGUGCUAUCGGUUUACUGGGAUCAUGAUAUCCGAAUCGGGACGCGUACCUGGUCUCCGGUCGAGAAUAUGAGCUAGUUGCUGUAUGAGUGUACACUGUCGGAUUCAACCACUCAAGUCGGAGCGGUGAUGUGUGACACACAUGAGGACAUUUUCCAGGUUGAUCAGACCAGGCAAGAAGGAGGCUGAGUGUGUACUGACAGGCAUGGUCUCUCCCGAGAAGGCGGAUCCUGGAUGGCCGUCAAAUAAUAGUACGAUUUUGCCAAUUGAGCUUUGGAAAUCAAGCCUUUGCCUUCUCGUUUUCUUCAGUAGGCGCCUUCUUUUCCCCGUUUGAAUCGAACCCCAACGACUCAAGUUGCCGAAUCAGCUCCUGAAUCUUGAUAACCUUCUCCAGCUGCUCGGGGAGAAGCGACUCGCCCUUGUCCUUCUUGUCACUUAGUUCGCGCGCCUGCCUCAGUUUCUUCUUCAGAUUGCGCGCUUUCUUUUCCUUUUCGGCCUCCAGGUCUACAGGUUCUUCUUGCUUUUCUGUCGGCUGCGGCUGGUUCUCGGACUUCUUUUUAUUAUUGUUGCCGUCACCGUUGGCAGCAAAAGAGCGCCAGUUGUCGAUUGCCUUGACGUCUCUCUCGUUCUUCGUCGCUCGUGCUUCUCUGUUUGUAUUUGUUGUUUCGCCUGCAUCUGCAUCUGUAGCCUUUGCUUUCCUCCUUGCUUCCCUUCGUUUCGCGUUUUUGUUGUUGCUGGUUGUGCUGCUGCUGCCGCCUUUCCCGGUUCGCUCGUCGUCGUUGGUCAAGCCUUCUGCUCCGGGGACUCCAGCCUUGGCUCUGUUUUUCCAUGCCUCUGCUGCGCGGGUCCUGUAUAUUUCGACGUCCUCAGGGGGUCUGUAGCCGGGUCGGACACGGAUCUCACGACGUUUGGAGCCAUCUGCGCGGAGGGACGAGGGAAUGUAGUGUUCACCAGUCACGGCGUCGACUGUUAUCCCUGCCGAAGAGACUUGGUUGAGCUUCGCAGGCGGCAUUGCUCCGAUGUUCGAGAAGCCAGCGGCGUGUAUGAGAUCGGAGGAGGAUGCAAACAGCUCGAGGAGGUAGUGUCUAGGUAAA